AUGUUUUCGACGUGGGCCGCGCCAGGCACGUCACGGCAGACCGUGGGUGCUGUGCCUUCGACACCGAAUCCGAAUGCCCCCAGUCUCAAUGCAUCAGGUGGCGCCGGAUCUUGGAUGCAGACCCAGGCAUCGCCAGGUCCAUCUGCAUCGACGUUGGGCACGCCCGGCGCAGCAGGCCAGCAGCCAGGCUCUCUCUUCUCUACCCCACAGCACACCUCGCCGCAGGCGUUCCCAGGAUUCAUGCCUGCACAUCCACCGACGCAGUCGCCCUUUGCGACUCAGCUAGCGCCCACGGCAUCGCCUGCAGGCGCCCAGCCUUGGACCGCAGCACAGGCGUCGCCGAUGAGCCAGGCACCGGUGGCUUAUCUGCCAGGGUACCUCAGCAAGAUCCGUGGAGGCGAUCGGAGCUCGGCUAGUACGAAUCGUUCGGCAGAGGCAGCCGUGUCGCCCAUCGUCAAACCCGAAGCCGAUACAUCGUCCAUCUUGCUUCCCAAAGAGCACACGGCUGCGUCCACUAUUGCGCCUGCAUCGCCGCCAAACGGCUUCCACUCCUCAUUUUUUGCUCGCAGCAGUAUGGAUGGCGGUGAGCCGACGCGUUCGCCGCCCCCUGCGGGCAGUGGUGUGCGUGAAGGCAGUAUCUUUGGCUACAGUAGUCUUCGUGGCUCUCGGCCGCCGCCUGUCCAGGAUGAGGCGGAUCGGUCCGCAUCUCGUGCACCGACAUCUCCGCCUUUGCCUGCAUCUCUUACCAACAGCGCUUUUCCACAGGUGGGUGCGGACGUGAUGGACGAUGACGACGAUGCACCGCCGCAACAAGCUCUACAAGAUAUGCCACCGUCGCACUUGAGGGCCUUUGAUACAUCGACGGCAUCCAUGGCAGCCGUGCCGGAAAAGACACGCGUGGGCGCACCGACGUCACAGGGAGCCCCCGUGGCACAGCGAUCUGUGCUGGUGUAUGGCUUUCCGCCCCUUAUGCGCUCAGUGGUGGUAGAGCAACUGGCGGCUUUGGGCGAAGUAGAAACAGUGGAUGAUGUGACCACUGUGCAUGCGCAAGACAAGACACUCCGUCUCGUGUAUCGUGAGCCUGUGCAAGCCCUGCAGGCGGUGCUGCAGAAUGGCAAGUCCUUGGCAGGCACGUGCAUGAUUGGUGUGCGGUGGGAAAAUGAUGCCAUGCAUCAGCAGAGCUUGAUUCGUGGUUUAGAUGCACCACUUCUCGGAGCGAGCUCCAUGGAUACCAAAGCGGCGGCAGCGGCAGUGCCCUCGACGCCUGUGACCAAGGCUCAUCCGCCCAGCACACCGGCCUUUGGACGGCCCAUACAGAAGAUCGACACGCCAGGCUCGGUAUUGGCGCAGCCGGCCAAAGAUACCUCAAAAAAGUCUACGUUCGAGUCUCUCAUGAACAUGCGUGCCUCUAUCUUUGGCACGGCACCCCAGCCGAAGGAUGCGAUAUUGGACGUAAAUGCCAAGCCAACGAGUGUGUGGGGCUAUGUAGCGGAGAGUCUAUUUGGAUGGUAG